AUGCCAAUUCAGAAAGGAUAUGGGGAAUUGGUAUGUGUGGCCAUUGACAAAGACAAAGGGAGCCAAUAUGCACUGAAAUGGGCAGUUGACAAUCUUGUUGGAAAAGGCAAAUCUAUUACUUUGCUUCAUGUCAAACAAAAAUCAUCUCCUGCUCCAAGAAUCAAUGAUGCAGCUGAUGCGGUUUCAAGAUCAUACAAAGGUGAUAAUGACAAGGAGCUGUUCCUUCCCUUCCGCUGCUUCUGCACUCGCAAGGAUAUACGAGUUAAUGAAAUUUUGCUUGAGGAUAUGGAUAUAGCAAGAGCCCUGUGUGAUUAUCUUAGAUUGAAUCUGGUUGAAAAUAUGGUGGUUGGCGCCCCAACAAAGAAUGGCUUCGUUCGAUUCAAAGGCCCAGAUGUCGCUUCAAGUGUUUCAAAAGGGGCGCCAGAUUUUUGCAAUGUCUACACCAUCAGUAAAGGAAAAGUUUCAUCAGUGAGGAAUGCUUCAGGUCCACCUCCAAAUCAGUUCCCUCAACAAUCACCAAACCAACACACUCCUGCUCUUCCUGAAGCCCGUUUCAUACAAGGCAAUGGAGUAAGAGGUGGCCUUCCAGAUAAAUCACCAGCUGGAAAUCCCUACCUUUCAGAAGAGAUGGAUUCCAUCAGGUCACCAUUUACAAGAGCUAAUAAUAAGUCAUAUGGAGAACUCUCACUGCCAGAUACCGACAUAUCAUUCAUCAGCUCGGGCAGACCAAGCACUGAUCGGUUCUUCCCCGACAACCAGGACAUGUUUGCCCCUCGUCUUUCAAGUGGCUCUGAAACAGAGAUGAGAUUAAGUUUCGGUUCACCAUUCUCAGGCACUCGGACACCUGACUCAAGUAAUAGUUUUGCUGUCUUUUCAAACAGCACAAAUGAUAGUGGCAGUAUGUCCUGGUCAUCAUCAGGCCAGAGUCAGGAUGAAGUGGAAGCUGAGAUGAGAAGACUUAAGUAUGAGCUAAGACAAACAAUGGACAUGUACAGCACGGCUUGCAAAGAGGCACUCUUAGCAAAACAGAAGGCAUUAGAACUUCAGCGAUGGAAGGUAGAGGAGCAGCAGAAGCUAGAAGAGGCUCGCUUAUCUGAGGAAGCAGCAAUAGCAAUAGCAGAGAAAGAAAAGGCCAAGUGUAAGGCAGCCAUUGAGGCAGCUGAAGCAGCUCAAAGAAUUGCCGAACUGGAAGCACAAAAAAGAAGAAAUGCAGAAAUGAAAGCAUUUAAAGAAGCAGAGGAGAGAAAAAGGGUAAUGGAUUCACUAGCACAAGGUGAUGUAAGAUAUCGGAGGUAUACAAUAGAUGAGAUUGAAACAGCAACACAGCAAUUCUCGGACUCUCAAAAAAUUGGGGAAGGUGGAUAUGGACCAGUCUAUAAAUGUAACUUGGAUCACACACCUGUUGCCAUAAAGGUACUUAGGCCGGACGCAUCUCAAGGAAGGUCACAGUUUCAGCAAGAGCAAACUGGCAUGCUAGGGAUUAAAUCUGAUAUUUACUCAUUAGGCGUCAUGCUUCUACAACUAAUUACAGCAAAACCUCCAAUGGGUUUGACUCACCAUAUUGGGAGGGCCAUUGAGAGGGGGACCUUCAAAGAUAUGCUUGACCCAGCGGUUCCAGAUUGGCCAGUGGAGGAAGCCUUGAGUUUUGCCAAGUUAGCACUUAAAUGCACUGAACUUAGGCGAAAAGAUAGACCAGACUUAGCAACUGUUGUGUUGCCUGAACUAGAGAGGUUGAGAGCUCUAGGCGAAGAAACAAUGCCGAAUAUCUCAAGUAUGAUUACAUCUGGCAGUCCAAACAGGUCGACUAUUCAAAGCCGAAAAUCUGGCUUUCAGGUAAGUGGCACUUCACAGCAAUCAUCAGGACACGAUAGUGAAACAAACCGUUUGAGUGCUCCGACCUUUUCUGAUAGAGAUCAAGUUUAA